AUGGGACAGCUGAUGAGGCAUAUGAAGACUGCUUCAUCACCCCAGACUGUUUCAUCACCCCAGACUGUUUCACAGACUGUUUCAUCACCCCAGACUGUUUCAUCACCCAGACUGUUUUCAUCACCCCAGACUGCUUCAUCACCCCAGACUGCUUCAUCACCCCAGACUGUUUCAUCAUCACCCCAGACUGUUUCAUCACCCCAGACUGUUUCAUCACCCCAGACUGUUUCAUCACCCCAGACUGCUUCAUCACCCAGACUGUUUCAUCCCCAGACUGCUUCAUCACCCCAGACUGUUUAUCACCCAGACUGUUUCAUCACCCCAGACUGUUUCAUCACCCCAGACUGUUUCAUCUUCACCCCAGACUGCUUCAUCACCCCAGACUGCUUCAUCACCCCAGACUGUUUCAUCACCCCAGACUGUUUCACAUCACCCCAGACUGCUUCAUCACCCAGCGCUAUCACCCCAGACUGUUUCAUCACCCCAGACUGCUUCAUCACCCCAGACUACUGCUUCAUCACCCCAGACUGCUUCUUCACCCUCACCUUUGCUUCAUCACCCAGACUGCUUCAUCACCAGACUGUUAUCACCCCAGACUGCUUCAUCACCCCAGACUUCUCCCCAGCCUUCAACCAUACCCAGACUGCUAUCACCCCAGACUGCUUCAUCACCGACUAUCCAGACUGUUUCAUCACCCCAGACUGCUUCAUCACCCCAGACUGCUUCAUCCCCAGACUGCGACUGUUCAUCCCCGACUGUAUCACCCAGUGUUUCAUCACCCCAGCUGCAUCACCCCAGACUGUUUCAUCACAUCAUGCUCUUAUCACCCCAGACUGUUUCAUCACCCAGACUGUCUAUCACCAGACUGUUUCAUCACCCCAGACUGUUUCAUCACCCCAGACUGUUUCAUCACCCCAGACUCUAUCGACUGUUUCACCCCAGACUGCUUCAUCACGUGUUUCAUCACCCCAGACUGUUUCAUCACCCCAGACUGUUUCAUCACCCCAGACUGUUUCAUCACCCCAGACUGCCAUCACCCCAGACUGCUUCAUCACCCCAGACUGCUUCAUCACCCAGACUGUUUCAUCACCCCAGACUGUUUCAUCACCCCAGACUGCUUCAUCACCCCAGACUGCUUCUUUCACCCCAGCUAGACUGUUUCAUCACCCCAGCUGCUUCAUCACCCCAGACUGUUUCAUCACCCCAGACUGCUUCAUCACCCCAGACUGUUUCAUCUAG